AUGCUGGAAAGCAUUGACUACAUGCAUUGGAUUCCAGCAUUGACUACAUGCAUUGGAAGUGGAAAAAUUGUUCUGCAGCCUGGAAAGCAUGCAUUUUUUGGUAUGCCUGGUUCACAUAACGACAUUAAUAUGCUAGAGAUAUCUUCUAUAUUCACGGAAUUUGCCCAAGGGCGUGCUCUUCCAAUCAAUUAUACAAUCAAUGGCAACGACUACGCUAUGAGGUAUUACCUUGAUGAUGGUAUUUAUCCCAAGUGGCAAACUUUUGUGAAGACGAUUCCAUCACCACAAGGGAAUAAGAAGAAAAUUUUUGUGAAAGCAUAA